AUGGCCGCUAAGCCCGUCGAUCCCUGGAACACUUGCCUUAACACUACUCUUGAGGAGGAAGACAAGGAAGUCUUUGCCAUUGUCGAGAACGAAAAGUUGCGUCAAUGGUCUGGUUUGGAGCUUAUUGCUUCUGAGAACUUCACCUCUCAAGCUGUUAUUGAAGCCAACGGUACUCCUUUGACCAACAAGUACUCUGAAGGUCUUCCUGGUGCCCGUUACUAUGGUGGCAACGAAUUCAUUGACGAGUUGGAAAACUUGUGCCGCAAGCGUGCUCUUGAUGCUUUUGGCUUGAACCCUGAACAAUGGGGUGUCAACGUUCAACCCUACUCUGGUAGCACUGCCAACUUUGCUGCUCUCACUGCUCUCAUUCAACCCCAGGAUCGUUUGAUGGGUUUGGAUCUUCCCUCUGGUGGUCACUUGACUCAUGGUUACCAAACCAACAAGAAGAAGAUCUCUUCUUCUUCCAUCUACUUCCAAUCCAUGCCUUAUCAAGUUGAUCCUGCCACUGGUUACAUUGACUACAAGCGUCUUGAGGAAAAUGCAGCCUUGUAUCGUCCCAAGCUUUUGAUUUGUGGUGCUUCAGCAUACCCCCGUGAGUGGGAUUAUGCUACCAUGCGCCGCAUUGCCGACCAACACGGUGCUUAUCUCAUGUGUGAUAUGGCUCACAUUUCUGGUUUGAUUGCUGGCAAGGAAGCUAUUUCGCCUUUCGACUUUUGUGAUGUUGUCACUACUACCACUCACAAGACUCUUCGUGGUCCUCGUGCUGGUCUUAUCUUCUUCCGCCGCGACAAGGGUGAUGAUCUUGAAAAUCGUGUGAACCAAGCUGUCUUCCCUUCGUGCCAAGGUGGUCCUCACAACAACACCAUUGCCGCUAUUGCUGUUGCUCUUAAGCAAGCUGCUUCUCCCGAAUUCCAACAAUACGCCAAGCAAGUCCGUGCCAAUGCCAGCAAGCUUGCUGAUGCUCUUGUCGGCUAUGGCUACAAGCUCGCAUCGGGUGGUACCGAAAACCACUUGAUCUUGUGGGAUCUUAAGCCACAAAAGUUGACUGGUUCCAAGGUUGAACGUAUUUGCGACAUGGUCCACAUUACCAUCAACAAGAACUCUAUUGCUGGUGACAAGUCAGCUGUCACCCCUGGUGGUGUUCGUCUUGGUACCAACGCUCUUACUUCGCGUUCCAUGAAGGAGGAGGAUAUGGUCAAGGUUGCUGAGUUCCUUCAUCGUACCGUUCAAAUCGCCACCAAGGUUCAAGAACAAGCUGGCUCCAAGCUCAUGAAGGACUUUGUGGCUCAUUGUGAUGGUAAUGAGGAAAUUGCUCAACUCAAGAAGGAGGUUGUCGAAUUCGCUCGUUCCUACCCCAUGCCUGGCUUCGAUGCUACCAAGAUCAAGUCCACUGUCACCAUCUAA